UCGUUGCCGCGGUAACGGCGACGCGUCCCCGGGCGGUAGCGGCAGCGGGACUGUCUGUUCCGUCCGUGGGACCGCCUGUUCGGCCUGUCUCCUCCGUGGGACCGCCUGUUCGGCCUGUCUCCUCCUUGGGCUCGUCUGUUCCAUCUGUCCGGUCUUUCGUGUCCUUGGGACGCUCUGUGGCCGCUUCGCUCCGCGCCGGGCACGGGGCAGGGCAGCCUGUGGGAUGGCCACGGUGACCUCCUCAAGUGGAAAUACAGAAGUGGUCACAGUCAGGAGAACGGAGUCACGGGAUGUCCCAGCCAUUAUCAGCCUCUUUAGCUCUGUCACAGAAGAUGUGUUUGGAAGGAUGGACGUCACUUAUCUCUUAGAACUAUCAAAUCUUGCUUUGACACUCUGCAAUGAGAAGAAUGAGGUUAUGGCACAUACUGCCUUCCUGGACUAUCCAAAUUGGAACAUCACUGAUCAGGCUGAAUGGGAACCAUUCCUGCAUGAAAACUACCCCGACAAUAAGUGCACUCCUUUGAACACACUCUUUGUGCAUCUCUUUGUGGCAAAGGAAGGUUAUGCAGCUGGAUGUUCCCAAGAAAUUGUCAGGAAAGCUUUCAUCUUACUCCCAGAUCUGCAGUUUAUACUUCUCUUUAUACCAGCUGAGAAGAGGUUAGGUUUUAGCCAUUCAGAGCUGGACCUGGGGGAUGUCUUUGAAAUGAUUGUGCCUGUUCCACUCUCACGUGUGGAGAGACGUUUCACCUUGCUGGCAUGCCCGAGGCAUCGGUGUCACCCUCAGCUGUACGUGCGCCAGGCAAGGCUGGAAGAUUAUGAUGAUCUCAUGCUAAUCUGGACACCUCAAAGUGAGACUCUGAAGGAAACCUAUGGUGAAUAUCUCCUUGUUGAUCUCAUAGAACGUGAAGGUGAAGAAAAUCAGGCAGCUGUUUGUGAGGUUGGUGGCACUGCAGUAGGAUUCAUGAGCUUAUGUUCUAAUGUGAACAUUUCCUUGUUACAAGAGUGUUUUGACUUAGGGCCUUUCCAUGGACUCUGCAAACCACAUCCUGAGGAUAUUCUCGAGGUGCCACGGAAGCCAAGUGUUCAAGGAGAUGAAGAUGAAAGCAGCCAAACAAGUCAACAGCCAGAGCCUGUUUCUUCUCAAAACUUGGAACAUGUUCCUGGUGCAGAUGCAGCUGUGCAGAAAGAUGGAGCUGUUACCGUUUCCCAGACUGAACCGCUGGUAGACUCUCAAGGCUCAGCAGCACCUCUGCUGGAGACUGGUGAGGAGGGGGAUUUGCAUCCUGUGAACGGAGGAGCUUCAAAUGUUUUCAGUAUCCGUCUGUUUUGUAUCGAUGAGCAGUACAAAAGUAGGUCACUGGAUUUUUUGCAGUAUGCUUUCAACGUUUUCCCAGACAGAGACUUGUGUGUCAUCCUGGUGCCACACCAUGUCCCCGAGUUCCCGCUGAUCCGGAGCUUUGUUCGGGCCGUCCCUUCCUGCCCGUCCAGGCUGGGUCGGGAGCUGUACGUGUUCCACAGGGCAGGAUUGCUCACGUCAUUUAAUGUAAGAAAAGCAGCAACCAGUGACUUGGAGGGUGUCAAAAGGCUCAUUGAAAAUCUUAGCUUGAAUGAAAAUAUGUGGAAUGACUCAAAGUUGUUCACUGAGACUCGCACGGAUCCAGACGGGAUGCCACUACAGGCUUUUGUAGCACAAGUUUUGGAUCAAGUCGUUGGUGUUGCUGUCACUAGGGAUGAAAUGGAUACUGAGUAUAUUCGAUCACAUUAUAAUAUUGAGGACUUCAUUAAUUUUAAUGAUCACCAGCAAGAGGAACAUGGGCAUCUUUUUCACUUUGUCUUGAAUCCUGUAUUUCAUCACUAUGCAAAAUACUUUCUAAAGGAGAUUCUUCGCUUGGGUCACAAAUCUUCUCUUUACUACCCUAUUUAUCCAGAAUAUGUGGAGAGCACGUUCCAGCAUCCCUGUGCUCAUUCCCUGACAUCUGCCCUUCAUUACAUGGCUCCCGUGCGGCCGAGACGACAGAUUGUCUAUCCUCUGCAAGAGCUUGGCGUGAGCGCUCCGUCAGAGCAGGUCUCCAAGGAUCAGCUGAAAUAUUCUUUGAACCUCAUAAAUCGAAAGCUGGUGCUGGAACCAAAAGUGUGUAUCAACAGUAGAAUUGUGGUGGUUGGUGCAUCUGAUGUUGGAAUCUCUUUUCUGGAAACACUGAUUUUUUGGCCACGUCUGAAGUUCAACAACCUGACCUUGAUUUCCAUUCAUGGCCUUCCAGGAAAAGACCCACUGAUCUCCAAAUAUAGAAGAUUUUUAAUUAACAGCCACUGUUUUAAUGAUGAAGAUUAUGCACAGAUGUCACUUUGUUCCUGGGUUAACGUUGUGGUUGGUAAAAUGACGAGCAUAAACCGCAGUGCCAAAUACGUCGUCGUUUCCAAGGAGAAAGUGCCGUACGACUACCUGGUUCUGUGCACGGGACAGAGCUACCAGGCCCUGGCUCCCAUGGGAGAAUAUAUCAGUGAAGUCACGAGCCAGUGGCCACAGAGAUACACAGAGCAAGUCCCUUCCAAUCUCUUCACUCUCAAUGAUGCCCAGGACUGCUUCGAGGCAGCACUCUGGCUGGAGGAACACCGCCUUAUCAAGUCCACAGAGAACAUCAUUGUCUAUGGGAACACAAUUGACACGUACACCACGGUAGAAGCCCUCUUAUCCCUUGGGAUCGAGGGUUCCCGCAUCCAUCUGGUGUGGGCUCCGCCGGGCUCUGCCAGCCCCUGCCUGCUUGAGGCCGCCCUGGAACAAGCAGUGUGUGAGGCCCUGGAAGGGGCACGUGUGGUUGUGCACCCCAACAGCAUCCUGGCACAGUGGGGACACGGUGACAAUGGCCUCCUCACCUGGGCUGCCUUCACCACUGCCUCCACCCUCCUCCACCUGCAGUGCUCUGCAUUUUUUAGCUUUGCCUACAGGACACUGGAUUAUGACAUCUUUAAGGCUGUCACUGAUGCUUGCCUUGUUUUUGAUGGAAGAGUUGUGAUUGAUACAGAAUUCCACACCAAUGAUGUCAGCAUCAGGGCUGCAGGUCCUCUGACAAAGUUCUCCAGGAGAUACUACAGGGAUGAAUUAACACACAGCAACUUCAACUCCAAGGAGAUUGGCUUUGAGCUUGCUGUUUCCAUGCUGAGUCUCUUUGAUUCAAAGCUUCAGCCCAGUUCUGAGCCACCAGAAGGCUCAGACAGACUCAUCCCUGUAUACAGGAGGUGUAAAGUUCAAGGUGGUGUUCUUCCUGGAGGUUAUAACUACUUGCACAUUUCCAAGCCUGGAAUCCCUGUGCCCUUGGAUGUAGAACUUGACCCGUAUGAUCGUGGGACAGAGAUUGUAACAGGGGAGGCCACUCAGGGGAAUUACUUCAGGAUACACUUCAGCAGAUACAAUAUGGUGGACAGCAUCACCUGCUUUUCCAAGGAGCCCUUCCCUGUGUCCAACUACAUCUGCUUGUACGGGCAGCAUGAGCGCCUCCUCAAUGACCUGUACUACCGCUGGGGGGCCGGGCAGCUCACAGACCUCUACAGCUACUUCAGGGAACCUUGGUCUUUGGCCAUCUAUCACGAUCGGUUUAUUGAUCUGCAGAAGGAACUUCACCAAAUGCUGAUGUCAGAAGAGGUAAGAAAAAUGACUGGCGAGUGCAUUUUAUUAUUUAGGCAAUUUGUUGGUGUUGGUCACUUUGAUUUCUGCUCCCAUCUGUAUCCUGAAGCUUUAUAUUUCUGUUUACCUCUCUCUUCAGGGAAGCCAGAGCAGACUGUGUACCUCACAGGGGGGUCACCAUGUACAGCACAGUGUUCAGUUUUCUGCUUUGGGUGUAUUCUCAAAUCUGCCAGUAGAACUCAAACUUGCUUUGUUGUCCAUGACCGCAUUUUUGCAUUAUAGCUGCAAUUUUGUACAAGUGGAAUCUGGAGCCUGGCUUGUCCAUUGGGUUUAGGGGUGUUCCCUAACAGGAAUAUGCUAUGGGCCAUCCAUCCUACACCUCUCUCAGCAGAGCCUUGGGUAGGUUUUUCAACACCUACCCACAGGGAAUAGCUUUCGUAGUCCAAAGGGUGAAAGCAAGUGGCUUUUCCAGUGAUAAGUGGAUUUCCUGAAUAAGGGUGGAAUUAAAAUGUUUGCUAAUGCUGUUUUACAGCUUUGGCCCUAGCACCAUAACAGAGGCAUAGGCAUAAAGCCUCAGCAGCCAGGAACUGCCUGCCCAAAAUCCAGAGUCACUGUGCUCUAUGGGGAGAACUAAUAACAGCAGGUGCCAGGCAGCCCCCAGAGCUGCCUUCCCCACCUCCUGAGGAACUUCUGGCUGAUCCCAAACAGAGUUUGUGGUCUGAUUUUAGUGCUUCCAGCCCAGUACCCGGGACCAAUUCACCCUGUCCCUGCUCACACUGCUCUGCCUUUGUUUAACCCCAUGUGGUUCCAGAUGGUGGCACCGGGUUUUAAAUGUGUGCUCACUGAGUUUUUAACUGUGCAGAAAACGAAUGGAAUUGAGUGUAAAUGGAGGCAGGGUGGCAGGAGGAAGUGGAGCCCAGAGCCCAAUGCUGCUGUAUCCCAGCUGCAGCCAUGAGUGCUCAGCCCUGCCUCUCCCCAAAGGACUCAGAGCUGUUUGCCUCCUGUUGUCCUGACCCAGAAAGGGCCUUGGUGCAGUUUAAUUUGGGUUCUCUUGGAAGACCUCUAUAAAAGAGUGCAAAAUUAAGUUCUGUGCAGAAUGAGGCGCCUGAUGUGAAGUGUUUUUCUUGCCAUCAUUCAAACUUAUUCAUCAUGCUGUUAGUGUGAACAACUUGGGAGAGAGGGAAUUUGUGCCCUACAAAUGAAGAACUUGCUUGCCUUACCCU